UGCAAAGGCAGCCUCGUUUGCCUGAAACUCUGCAAGGGUUUGUUUGCCUUCUUGUCUCUUUUCCCUCUGUAGUCGAGUCUGUGACACUGAGCGGAGAUGAAUCGAAGCCCGGCUGCAAUUUCCCCGACACAUCCAUGGCUCCCAGCAACGCAAUGCACCAAAAGUUGUUUGCUCUUGCUAUGAGCCAACAGAACAGGCCCAGAGCCUGAUUCAUUCAUCCCCUCCUUCAUCGCGCUCCUAGAUCAUCUCUUCGCUUCAAAGGGGCGCGCCUAUAUCUUGAAGACAUUUCUGACCGUUGCCGCCGACUCUUCUCGACCUACAGCCCAAAUUGCGCACCAUACAUGUCAUGAAUGCGAACCACGACGAGGCACCAGCCUCAUACGAUGACAUUGGGGUCGGUGACGCACACCCAGAGGUGCAAAAAUGCGUCAAUCGGAUCUUCAAGGCAUCUGGGAAGUAUCCCUGGGACUGGCUACCGAGAGAUUACGUUCCCAACGUCGCCGCUUGGGGGACCAACGCCGCGUUGAACCUCGCCCUUGCCGUUGAAGCUGUCCACGCCCCAGGAUCAACGGCUACCAUGGACCAAUUGCGUGAGUUCCUGGUAGGAAAGGCCAGGGAGCGCCAGAAAGUGAGCAAGAAUGGCAAGCCAGUCAAGCCCACCAUGAACUCGGAUUGCGCAAAGGCUAGAAAGUGGAUUGAAGACAACAUGGUCAACUCCCAAAGCACAUCGAAACAGAACAAGCACAAACGGUCGGGCCAUGACGGUGCCUAUAGGAACGCGAGAUUGAAAACAUGGCGCCGGCUCACUAUCGCUCAGAAGCAGCAACCCCAGGACAAUCUUGGCGAUGAUGAUGACGAUGACGACGACGACGACAACGAUUCAUUCCCAGGGAUUGACUUCAGUAGGGAAAUGAGUGUUCUCAGCGAUAUCAGCAAUGUGAGCAGUGCAAUCGGUCCAUCCGAUCGGACUUGGACUCACAAGCGGGACAUGCCUCCUCCACCCUGUCCAGUCCCUAGCAAACGCUCGCGUCAGGUCGAGCAAUUCGUAUCGACCAACAUCGAUGACUCCAAGGAAGCAUCCAGUCUAGUCGACGCAGAGGAAGAAGCUUAUCUCAGUCAAGCUGAAGCGACGAUGUUCUAUGCUAUUAAUCGCAACCUUCGGACAGUUGGCGAAAGGAUUGAUGCUGCUGAGUUCCGGCGCAACGUAUACAACCAGGAGAUACACAAUGCCCGAAGAAAAUUAGCUUCAAUCGAGAUGCAAGCCAGCCACUGCGUCGCGAAAGCCACGAGAGAACGAGACGAAAAACAAAAGAGAGUGAGGCAAUUGAGGGAGGAAAAGAAGACCCUUGACGCGGUGAUCGAGAACCAAGGUGGAAAGUGUUCAGACGCUCUGCAAAAGAUGUACGACGGCUUUAUCUUGGAAUAUGAAGACGAGCAGAAGGAGCUCAAGAAAGCCCAAAACACUUUGGAAGCAAUAGAAGAGGAAAAUCAGAAGGACAAGCAGCGUCAAGACGAACAAGAUAAGAUCACAUCUCUAGAGAAGGAUAUUGCCAAAGAAGAAGAGAUCAUCAAGCGGGCGACGAGGAGGAAGUUAGCACUCGAGACGGUUCGUUGUAAUGUGGAUUUGGACAGAUUUCUGUCUGCUCCCGACGAAGUACUAUGCGCAGCUCACGAAGCAGCCAUGAAAGGGCAAGGGUACUUGUCGUAGCACAUCUUUUGUUGCUACAGCCAGCACCUGGCGAAGUCUGGAGUAUCGGUUCAAACGUUAUUGUUGGGUUCAAGUUCGGUUUUCGAGAGCGACUUUGCUGCCAAAGGCUUUAUGUGGCGAAUGGGUGGUAAUGAUAAAAGGACUUGGUAGCUCAUUUUGAGGUGGCAUAACUCUGAUGACAACUAGAAUCAAGUGCAAACGUGGGUAUCUACUUCAUAAUAACAAGGAAACAUCAAACCCUUG